CGGAUCUCUUGCAUUUUGUCAUUGAAGUGGAGUCAAGUGGUUGAUUUUUGCUGAGAAAUUUCCCGAAGGACUGACCCAAAUAGAUGGACAAAUGGACGGGAAAAGUAGCAGUUGUAACAGGAGCGAGUUCCGGCAUCGGAGCGACUGUGGCAAAAGCUCUGGCAGAUUCUGGGAUGGUAGUCGUGGGACUAGCACGCAGAAGUGCUCUCAUAGAGGAGCUGGCCAUGAGUAUCACAGGAAGUGGGAAGAUUCAUGCAAUAAAGUGCGACGUGACGGACGAAAGUCAGGUGAAAAGUGCCUUCGAGAGGAUAAAAAGUGAUUUUGGAGGAGUUGAUGUGUUUAUCAGCAACGCUGGAUUAAUUAAAUCUGCAUUUUUGAUCGAGCACGAUUUGGAAACUUUUAAGGAAACACUGGACCUGAACUUAUGGGCAUCAGUGAUGUGCAUUAAAGAGGCUAUUAAAGAUAUGCAAGAAAGGAAAUCCAGAGGCCAUAUUGUCAUAAUCAACAGCAUUCUUGGCCAUCGAAUCCCCGAUGUUCCCUUGCCAAAGUUCAACAUUUAUCCAGCCACAAAAUUCGCCCUAACAGCUCUCGCCCAGACACUUCGGCAAGAGCUGCGCUUCCACCGAGCGGAAAUUAAAUUGACGAAUAUUUGUCCAGGAAUGGUGGACACACCCAUGCUCAAUGUCUUUGAUUCCAGGCAUUUCGCUCCGUUGCCCAAAUUAACGGCGGAUGAUGUGAAAGACGCAGUAAUUCAUGCACUCGGAACGCCAGAAAAUGUUCAAAUAAACGAAAUAAUCUUUGAAGCAAUGGGUCCAUUCGGUUGCCCAAAUGAUGUCCAGUAAAUGCCUGGAAGGCGUUCCGCAAGCGCACGAAUCCCACAUAAUCCAGCAAUUCAAUUAAUUGAAAAAUAUUGUGAGGAACAUGUUAUUUUUAUUCCGAUACAAAUUCAUUGAAUAAAAAUACUACAAAUUGUAUUAGUGAGA